AUGGACCCCCGUCUGUCCGUCUGGGCGCUGGUGCUGCUGGGUCCUGCCCUAGUUUUCGCGCUGCACCCUAGUCUUUCCCUGGAGACGCGGGAGAAGUUGUGUGGCCACCACUUCGUGCGCGCUCUGGUGCGCCUGUGCGGUGGCCCGCGCUGGUCCCCCGAGGCGGGGAAAUCCUCAGCUGGCGGUGACCGUGAACUGCUACAGUGGCUGGAGAGACCACAUCUGCUCCAUGGGUUGGUGGCUGAGCAUGACCCUGCAUUGGUACCUGGCCUGCAACUCCUCCCCCAGGCCUCUCACCAUCAUCGCCAUCACCGGGCAGCUACCACCAACCCUGCACACCGCUGCUGUCUCAGUGGCUGCACCCGACAAGACCUGCUGACUCUCUGUCCCUACUAAUCCCCUCUUUCAGUGCAGUUUCAGGGGACCCUAAGGCCCAGAAGGUUCUGGUCUGAGUGAGAUGGUGUGCUCAUCACCUACCCCAAGCCAGUACCACCUGCUUUCUGUGGAGUCAACUGGGGAAUAAAACACACCCCCACCAGGGCUUGGAGGCUUCUCACUUCUACAGAGUAUAAGGAAAAAAACAUCCUCACUCCAGAGGAGUUCCAGAUGCUCCCUGCAUUUGCAACACCCCUUUUGCGUCACCCUAAUA